AUGUGCCUGUCGGCGACCAUCUUCCUUCUAUUGCGGGGUCACCAAUGUUUGAGGCUACUGGAGUCUCAUGAAGGACUAACGGGUCGCAUAGGGGAACGCCUUCUUUCAGUAGCAGAGACGGGCACAUUUAGGCACUGCUUUGAAUCGGAUGCCGAAGGGGAACGUGGAGCCUCAGGAGGCACUGGAGGUGGGGCUGCAAGCAGAGCAACAAGCGGCGCUGCAAGCGCCAGCUCUGGUGGCACUGCAAGCGGUGCAUCAAGUGGCCCCUCAUGGCGCUCUCCAAGUGGCACUGCUAGUGGGACUUCACCUGCUGCAGGGCACGUUUUGCAGGCGCCGGAAACUCCGGAAGGAAGCGUAGACCGUGGGCCGCAUAAAGUCCCGCUUCGUGCAGCUUCUUUCAGAAUGCCUGGCAGUUUUGGGCAAUCCAAAAAUUUUCCAGUCAGUCCUGCCACGAGCAGCGAUUUGCAAGGGGAGCUUGGCGGAUACCGUCCUGAUGUUUCUGCUUCAAACAAAAGACUGGAGGGAACAGCUCGCAGUAUGAAAAAACCUGUCAGUGAGAAAAGCGUGUUGCUGGAUCCCCCACUGGACAUAGGAGAGCACGCGCGCCAACUUGAGCUUCUUCAACUUUCUGGUUAUGACUGCUUUGAUCUGACAGAAACAGACUUGGAACUUUUGCAUACGGCGGAGGACUAUCUGACACGCAUGCUUAGAAAAAGAACCAACCUUCUGAAAUCCUUGCGUGCAAACACAACGAAACAGCGCCUUCUUGAGGCCCGUAUGGAGGGGCUGGCGCUGGAUGGAUCCACCACUUCUGCCGAAGAACAACGAAUUUUCCGGGGGGCUUUAACCAAAUUGAAAGAAGAAGCUCAAUCACAAGAACGCCUGUUGUGGCGAACUCGGCGUGAAUUGAAAACCAUGGUUCCCCAAAGACAGCACAUGGCGCUUGCUUUACGUUUAGUUGCAAGGCGUCGCGCAUCUGGGAUGUACCUCUCUUCAAAAGGAGCGGCAGCUGUAAGUGCGGCCACUCUCGUAGUGAAGGGCCCUAAAGGCGCGCAUUUUGUGGCUACUGCUGCUGAGGAGAAGGAGAUUAUGAAAAUGAGUAGGGAACUUUUAACACGAAUGCGGGAAUCGACGGAAGCCUUGACAACGGAGAUGGAUUCAUUAGAACCUCGUUCUGGUGGGCGAUUUGCUGCUUUCCGCAUUUUUCGGGCGAUGGAAAAGCGCCAUGAGAAGUGCAAAUUACUCCAAAUGGAGGCGUCUACAUUUAUCCUACAACUUAGAUUCGUUUUGAUCAGUGCUCCAAAACGUCAGACCAUUGAAGAGCUGGAGGCAGCAAAUUUACAGCUGCGGAGAGCUAUUGAUCGAUGCAGUUCUCUCUUACAGGAUCGGCAACGGGCUCAUGAUCCAGGUUUUUUGCGUUCGCUCUUCAGGCGCCUUAGGAUUGGAGACUUUUGA